AUGUCUACUUCAGAUUCCAUCGCAAUCGCAUGCGCGAAAUCUCUCGAGGAUUUUGAACGUGAUUACAUGCCUCCUCGAUCUUCAUAUGCUCUCUACAACCCUUCACCGAAAUCUGAAGAUGAAGCGGUGAAAUCAUAUAAACUGGGUUUGUAUAAACCUAGUACGCUACGUCGGGAAGAUCUAACGGCUUUUUUGGAGUUGGUUGAGAAGACGUCGGGGAAACAUUAUAGGGAGAGUAAGGGGGGGUGGAAUGCGAGGAGGAAGAAGAGGGAAAUGGAGUUGUGGGAUUUGAGGUAUUUGGUUGUGAGGGAGGUGGGUGUUGGGGUUGGGGCUGGGGAGGGUGAGGGAGAGGGAGAGUGGGUCGAUGAUGAGGGUGAGGAUAGGGAUGGGAAUGUAAAAGGAGAGGAAAAUCGUGGAGACUCGGAAAAGGUGAAAGAGGAGAUCAUUAUAGAAGAACGUGGAGAGGAAGGAAAAGGAGAAGGAGAAAUCAAGGGAUUUAUGAGUUUUAUGCCUACGUUUGAGGAUGGCAUUAAAGUGCUUUACCUUUAUGAGAUACAUCUCAUGGAUGAAUUACGCGGCACAGGCCUAGGCACCCAUCUCAUGUCCCUCCUUACCAGCAUUGCGCGCGCCAUUCCCGGCGUCGAAAAAACAAUUCUGACGUGUUACACGGCUAAUGAAGCGGCGUUGAAGUUUUAUAGGAAGCUGGGAUAUGAGAAGGAUGAGUAUAGUCCGGAACCGAAGAGGUUGAAGGGGGGGAAGGUGUUGGAGAGUGAUUAUGUUAUUUUGAGUAGGAGGGUUGAGAGGAGGGGGGAGAAGGUAGAGGGUAAAGAGAAGGAGGAGGAGGUUGGGAAGGGUAAGAGGAAGAGGGGGAUUUGA